UUCACUCUGGCUGACAUUUAUCAACGGAGGUGCAUCACUUUUUUCCAUAUUGGGCUGGUGUGAGGAGCAGUGAACGAGGCCUUGAGUCCUGACCCGUCAUCAAGAUGAGAUUUGCUGUGUUAAUCCUUUUUGCCUGCUGUGCUCUUACAGCACGGACGUUGGCUGACGACACAAAACAAUACAAAACGCCUGCUCCUAUGGGUACUGCUGAGGCCUUUGUAGAUCCAGGCAAUAAAACAUCACCGGCAACCCCAACUACACCAACGGCUAAACCAACAACUAAACCAACAACUAAACCAACUACCAAACCAACAACUAAACCAACGACUAAACCAACGACUAAACCAACGACUAAACCAACAACCACACCAAAAACCACGCCAAAAACUACCCCAAAAACUACCCCAACAACCAAACCAACAACAACUCCAGCACCUCAACCUACUCCAGCUGCCAAUUUGACUAUAGGAAACUAUAAUCUGACGGUCAACAAGAAGGUCUGCCUGAUGGCUCAGAUGGAGCUCCAAAUCAGGCUGGAAACACCAAAGGCCAAUGGAACCUUCAUUGUUCAACCAUCGCAGACUAAGCCAAGUGGCGAAUGCUUGGAAACCAAAGCCAACCUGACGCUUUCGUUCUCACAGGGUUUCAUCACCUUCAUCUUCCACAAGAAAGUUCCUAAUAACACUGCCUAUGCUGAUACUGUAACUGUUAAGCUGGACUACCCCUUCUCAAAGACAGGACCCAAUAAUUACUUUGCCACAAACAAUUCGCUGAAUCUGUUCGCUGCAAGGAUCGGAUACUGCUACUCCUGCAAGAAGGAAACUGUCUACAUUGGAAAUGGGCUGUACCUGGAUAUCACCAAGGACCAAAUGCAGGCCUUCAACAUCUCCAACGGAGAAUUUGGCAAACCCGACUUCUGUCCAGCCGACCAACCUGAUUACCGUGUCGCCAUAGCAGUGGGGAUCACUCUGCUGGUGCUCAUCGUCAUCGUGCUGAUAGUCUACCUGCUGGGGCGGAGGAGAAGGACAGCAGGCUACCAGUCCCUCUAAGGACCAGUUCAUUUUAUUCCCUAAAGAAGUGAGCUUCUGGAUAAGGGAGCGGAGAGUCUUGGGUAAAAAAACAUCUGUGAGGCGCCUCCUGCCACAUUUAACUCCUCCCAUUUGUUGCAUUAUUUCUAAAGUUUGCCAUUAAUAACGUUUAAACCAUACCUAUAAAUCCUAAUAUGAAUACAGAGGUUAAAAAAAACUGACACGGUAAUUAAAGUAAAUGACUAAAAUGAUAAUUAUUACAUUUACUUCAGCAUCAGUCUUUCAGUGAAACCAUCAGGGUACGGAUUUUUUUCUUUCAUUUUUAUUAAAAAGGUUUGUGCAGUAGGUUCUAGAGAGAUUUUCCUGCCUGACCUCUUAAUUUUGUAAUUUUCUAACAACUUUCUGUUUGUAAUCAUCUGUCACAUAGGAGAUCAGAGGGUUGUUUGACAUAUGUGAUGUAAUAAUCAACACAAAACGGGAACUAGAAGGGAUUAUUUUAACAUGAAUUGCACUGAUUGCUGUUUGUCUACAUGUUUUUAACCGUCCUUUUGUUUUAAUGCAGCAAUUUGAAAAAAAAAUCAAAAGUAAUUUUUUCUUAAAGUAAGUGAAAUUGUUCUCGGAUUGAGCAGGUAAAACAUUUUGCCAAGGUAACAAGAACAAUCUUAUUUUAAGAGUAAAAAAACUAAUUCUAUUGACAGACUAUCUCAUUUACCUACUCAGAUUAAGGGUUAAUACACUUAAUAUAAGAAAUUUUUACUUAUUUGUAGAUCGUUUUUCCAGAGAUGAGAGAGCAAAUCCAGCUCUAUGAUUGUCUGUUUCUUUUAAAGUCAUGAUUCAUAAAGUGAAUCAAAAAAAGGGAUGACUGGGAGUUAGUGAUGGAGACCAGACCACAGGCUAACGAUGUUGUUUAAAGCCAGCUGUGUUUGCUUCCAACAAACUCUGAAUGUGUUGGAAACCCUUGAUGAUCGCUAACAUCUUCCUCCGUCGGGUCGAAAAAGGGGCAAGAAAUCUAUUACAGCUAAAAAACAAAUCAAAAAAUAAAAAUAAAAAAGCUUGUUUAGCUUUAUUAGACACCAGCAAAUGAAUCAGACUAUUUUUCAUUGGAGAGUUUAGCCUCUAAUGUGGAUCUAAUGUGGAUUUUGUUUAUUUCUUUACACACAUUGUGACCCGUUGGUUGCGUGGCAUUUGGGAAUAUUUGCUUUGGUUUAUAACCUUUUAUUGUGUGUGUUUUUUUAUUCUAUUCUACUGGCUGUCCCUUUUUAUGGGGUUUUUCCACACAGAGCUACACUAAAAUUAAUAAUCAAAUAAAAAUUAGUGAGUUAGUUCCUCUUCAAAUGACUGUUUUUCUGUUUUAAGCAGGUAAAUGAUUACAGUUAUCAAUGGAAUACCAGGAUUUAUGUUUAAAACAAGUAAAAACAACUUAAAUAUUUUAUUUUGAAGUUUUUUUUACCGGCUCAAAUUAAGGGCAAAUCUACUGAUUUAUUAUUUUUACUUAUUUUGAAAUCAGUUUUCACUGUUUAGUAGCAGAUUAAUUCCUACAAUGCAACAAUCUCAAUAAAAAUAAGUGUAUGUUUCUUAAGUAAGUGUAUUUUUCCUUUAAUCUACCUAUAGAAUAAGAUGAUUUUCAUUUAAAAUAAGAGAAAAAUAACCGUAAAGGGCAAAAACACUCAUUUUAUUAGCAGAUUAUCUUAUUUACCUCCAUAAAUUGAGGUCAAAUAAAUUUAUUUUUAGAGACAUUUUAUAAUUUUUAGCUGCUUUUUUUCAGUAAACAGGCUUUGUGCUUUAUUUGGACAAGUUAUUUAGAAGUUAAAUAUACUAGAUGUGAAAGCCAACCAAGAGUCUAAAGGGAGUUUCUUAUAAGGGAUUUUCAAGUUCACAUUAAAAAGGAAGAAAACACCAAAAGGGAAUAAAAGAAAAAUGUUUUCUGUUUCGUCCAGACGAUGUGGUGGGAUUCAAACUAAACUAACAUGCUGCACUGUCAGAUCCACGGAAGGAGAGAUCUAGAAAGCUGUUGUUGUAUAAAAACACCCGUACUGUUACAUAAUGAAUAUGUUCUUCACGUAAAAGUCUUUGGGUCCCACCUGCAUUUUAAGCAUUUUGUUUAAAAAUAAAAAAUAAAACAACCUAACAAACAGCAGUACAUGAAAAAGUCAGGUUUGUGCGUUGUCAUUUAUUUGCUGUUGCCAUUUUGUUUUGUAUGUUGCUGAAUUUCUUUGCCAAUAAAAACAUAUAUUUCUAA